AUGAAUACGAAUAGCAUAACAGUUAGUCAAUGUUUUGAAAUGUAUGGAACAGACUUUGAACAAACAAAACAGAUUUUAAGGAUAGAAGGUUUUGAGACUCAUUCAGUUGUGCAAAUGUACAAAGAUCUUCUUAUUAGAACAACCAAAUCUUACUUUCAGCGAUACCAAAAUAGCUUUAGAUCAAGACUGCGUUGUACGUGUUAUAUUGCGCCUGGCCAAAUAAGAAGGGCUCAAAGUAUUCUAAGAAUUGACUUAAAGAGUACUCCUGAGCAGAUAACAUUCUUAGCCAUGCAUAAGGACUGUCAAGUACCAGAGACAUUAGUUCUACAAUGUCGGUGUCAAGGGGAGUAUAGUCCGGGUAUUCAGAAUGAGAUGACUUUAAAGAAGUUCAUCUUUUUAGUGAUUGAUUAUCGGUAUAGAGAGAUUGGGGUUAGAUCUAUCGCUGCUAGGCAUGUAGAUAGCAGUAGGAUGGGGAAGAUUCUAAGUAAUGGUGGGAAUGGGAUAAAUAAGGACUUUUAUCAAAACUUAGAUAAGAAUAAUGGGUUAGAUAAAAACUUAGAUAAGGGAAUAGAUAAGAAUAUUGGGUUAGAUAAGAAUAAUGGGAUGGUGGGAGAGAAGAGAGAAAGUGUGUGCUGUAUGGAGUCCAGAAAUACAAUGGAGUCAUGUUGUUGCAUGAGACAGGAGAUUAAUAUUUUGAAUCAAACUGAAACUGAGCAUGAUGCAUAUGUAGGAUUAAAGACAUACUUAGAUAGGCUCCUGUUUGCCCGUCAUGAAGGCGCAAGGGAGGUGGGAUGCCUAAAAGGGGAAAAACUAGACCAAAAGAUAAACGAGAUCUUCAACGAUCUUCUAAAACAGUCGCGCCGAGCGCCAGCGGCAGUUGAAUAA